AUGCCGACGCCCACUUCUGUCGCGGCGCUCAUCAAGAGGAUGCCAUCUGUGGCUCGAAUCCCACAAAGGUCCCUUAUAUCCAUAUCUGGUGCUCAAGCACCCGAAUUCUUGAACGGAUUGCUCUCGACUACCGUCGGCAAUGCUCCUCGAGCACCUUUUUUUUCUUCCUUUCUACAUGCCCAGGGCAGAGUGCUCUAUGAUGUCUUCGUCUACACAACUUACGACCCAAAACACCAAUCUGCAUAUGUACUUGAAUACGAUUCCCUCGCCGCCUCUGUUGGCGCUCCGGAUCUUCUUGCAUACCUCAAACGCCACGUCUUACGCUCGAAAGUCCGCGUGCGCGAUGUCACACAAGAGCAUGACAUUUGGGCUGCAUGGCACGGUGAAGGAACUCCUCAUCAAGACCGGCCAUUGAAGUGGGAUUUGGCGCGGAGUGGGGUGAUUGAGCCAAUAUGGGACCAAGCUAGUUGGCCUUGGGGAAGUGAAAACGAGCUGAUCAGGGAUAGAAGAGCUCCUGGGAUGGGUUUGCGGAGGUUAGUGAGGAAGGAUGAUCGACCGCAGGAGGCAGGGACACACGACGAAGUGUCUGCUGAGGAAUACAGCUUCCAUCGAAUCAUUCACGGUGUACCGGAAGGAUCGUCGGAUAUUCCUCCGAUGCACGCCUUUCCAAUGGACUCAAAUUUAGACAUCAUGAGUGGAUUGGACUUCCGGAAAGGCUGCUAUGUUGGCCAAGAGUUGACUGUCCGCACAUACCACACGGGCGUCAUUCGUAAACGCAUAUUUCCUGUUAUUAUCCAUCCUCCUCCGCAUCUACAUACUUGUCACUCUCAGCCUCAUCACCACCUUUUACUUCACAGAAUUCCAUCACUAGCAUCCAAUAAUCAAGAUUUCAGUCCUGGAGUCGACAUCCGCGCAUCUCUCACACACCCGCCUCCCGAAGGACGUUUAGUACGACCACGUGGGUCAGGCAAAUUGCUAAGUACUGCGAAAGGUGUUGGUUUGGCACUUCUGCGGUUAGAACAUGUGCAAGGGUUGAUGAAGGGAGACAUAAAAUUUGAGGUCGCUGGCACAAAGGGAGAGUCAGCAGAAGCAGGUGAAGGGGAGAGUUGGCACGUUACACCGUGGUGGCCGAAUCCUGAAACUGAAGCCGCGGUAUUCGAGAAGCAGGACCAGUCAUGA